AUGGCGUCGCAGUCCCCUGAAGAGCAGUUGGAGAAACUUGAACAAGAGAUAACUAUUCACUUGCAGAAAAUAGAUUCGAAUUUCAGUUAUUGUUUUAACAAGAUUACACAGGAUAUAGUGCCACAUGUGCAGGGAUAUGGUGAAAUAUGCGAGAAAAUUAUAGACAGCUCAAGCUGGCUUAUGAAUAUGUUCCAACAGUCGGGAAACAUCGAUUUGAACAGUUACACCAAACGCAACGAUGAGUUGGGCAAUAAUACUCUCAAUGGGAACAAAAUAAGUCAUAAUCAUGGGGACACACUCUUCCCAUCAAAUAACAGUACGGUAAACAAUAAUACGAAUAGUGGGGUGAUUAUGGUUUCUAAAAUGCCAGAGAUGAAGCCAACUAAAAGUAAUGAUCGCAACUCGAUGCGAGAAGAAAAUAGUUCCUUCAGACAAGAUUACUACACCGCAGACAUAACUUCUGAUGGUAAGAUACUGAAAGUUCCAGAUUCCAGUGACGAAGAGAAUGCACGAGAUGCUGACAUGGAACUGGGGAGCGAGAGUACGAUUCAAAGACAGAACCGUAAAAGAAAAGUGUCUUUGUUAUUACAGGAGGAAUAUGGAUCCAGUUCAGUGAUGGGAUCUCCUUUUGCAGAGAAACAGUCUGCUAGAAAACGACUUCAGACGACACAAAACGAACAAGACGAAGUCGACUCGAACCAAGAUAGCGAUAGAUACAACAGUUCCCCUAUGAAGGAAAGUUUAAGUGAUCAUGAGAGUACUAAAGAAGCACCUAAACCAGGUACUGUGAUACAUUUCACAACGCAAAGCUAA